UGAGGUGAACAACAGCAAAAGAAAAUGGCAUCUAAUUUUUCAGAAGAGGAUUUGUCCUGUCCUGUGUGCUUUGACAUCUUUAAGGAUCCUGUCCUUCUAUGUUGUAGUCACAGUAUCUGUAAACUGUGUUUGCAGCAGUACUGGGGAACCAAACGAGCCAAAGAAUGUCCAGUUUGUAGGAAAAGAUCAGGAAGGAAAGAGCCUCCCUUAAACCGGGCCUUAAAGAACCUGUGUGAGACUUUCUUACAGGAGAUAAGUCAGAGAUUAACAGCAUCUAAAACACUCUGCAGUCUGCACAAUGAGGAACUCAAACUCUUCUGUCUGGAUGAUCAACAGCUGGUGUGUUUGGUUUGUCGGGAUUCAAAAAAACACACCAACCACAAAUUCUGCCCCAUAGACGAGGCUGUAACAGAUCACAAGGAGGAGCUCAAAAUUGCCCUGCAGCCCCUACAGGAGAAACUUAAAAUCUUUAAAUACCAUGAAUUGAACUGGAGUCAGACUGCAGAAUUCAUAAAGAUUCAAGCCCAACACACAGAGCAGCAGAUUAAGUUGGAGUUUGGGAAGCUUCACCAGUUUCUACGAGAUGAAGAAGCAGCCAGGAUCACUGCACUGAGAAAGGAAGAGGAGCAGAAGAGUCAGAUGAUGAAGGAGAAGAUUGAGAAGCUGAGCAGAGACAUAUCAUCUCUUUCAGACAAAAUUAGAGCCAUAGAAGAGGAGAUGAGAGCUGAAGACGUCUCAUUCAUACAAAACUACAAGGCUACAGUAAAAAGAGCCCAGUGUACACUGCAGCAUCCAGAAAAGUUUUCAGGAGCACUGAUCCAUGUGGCAAAACAUCUGGCCAACCUAAAGUUCAGAGUCUGGGAGAAGAUGCAGCACACUGUCCAAUACACACCUGUAACUCUAGACCCCAACACUGUUCAUUCUUCACUCACUUUAUCUGAUGAUCUGACCAGCGUUAGAUACAAUGAUGUGAAACACAAGCUUCCUGAUAAUCCAGAGAGAUUUGAUGAAUUCCCAACUGUCCUGGGCUCUGAAGGCUUUAACUCUGGCACGCACUGCUGGGAUGUUGAAGUUGGAGACUCUAUAUGGUGGUUUGUGGGUGUUAUGACAGAAUUGGCUCAGAGGACCGGAAAGAUCUUCUCCAAAAGUGGAAUCUGGUGUGUGUUGUAUUAUAAUGGUGAAUAUGAAGCACAUUCUACACUUCACACAAAGACUCGCCUUUCAUCCAAACAGACACUCCAGAAGAUCAGAGUGCAGCUGGACUGGGACAAAGGAGAGCUGUCAUUCUAUGAUCCACUUGCUAACACACACAUACACACUUUCAUCCACAGAUUUAACAAGAAAUUAUUGCCAUUUUUAGCUACUGGAUAUAAAGAUUCUCCUCUGAAAAUCCUCCCGCUUCAGUGCUCUGUAGCAGUGAAACAGAUGAGUUAGAAUCAGACCAACAGCAACUUCUUUUGGCUGCUCCUGUUAGGGGUUGCCACAGCGGGCCAUUUGUCUUAAUCUAACAGUGUCAAGCACAUCUUUCUUUGUCACUCCAACCUCCUGCAUGUACCUCUGGAACACCUCACAACUGUAACCUGUGUCCUUGUACAUAUCUUGCACCACCUUUACAUACUGUACAUACUUCUUUUGUAUUUUCAAAGUCAUCCUGAUGACUACCAUCCAAUGUUAUCUAGUCACACUAUACCCUGCAAACACCUUACAGCCCCUAAUUUCUUUCAGAUUGCAUCUCCUACACAGUCUACCUGAGUAUAUCUUCCACCACUCUUAUCAGUUACUCUGUGUUUCUCUUUCUUUGUAAAAUAUGUAUUUACUAUUGCCAUUGUCAUUCUUUUAGCAAAAUCUACAAUAAUCUAACUCCUGGCAUACCCUUCCCUCAGUAUUAGACCUACACAUUUUCUCUUAUUAUCUACACCAUAGUAAAGCAGUUUAAAAGCACUUCCAGUGUUCGUAGCCUUGUUUCCUUGCCUGGUCUCUUGUACACAAAGUAUAUCUACCUUUCUCUGCUCAAUCAUAUUAACUAGCUCUCUCCCUUUACCAGUCAUAGUGCCAACGUUCAAAGUUCCUAUUUAACCUAUAUGCUUUUACACUUCUUAAUUUCCCCCUCUCUCUGCACACGUCUGCACCCUCUCCCUCUCUUCAUUCGUCAAUCAACAAAAGAAGAUAUCCUGCCUACCAACGCGACCUCAGGCGGUCAUUGGUAACCCAGAAUUGACCGAUGUGAUAUGGAAAUCUUUUUCAUAGUCCGCAUAAUAUGGAAUAAGAUCACUGUCAAAAGCACACAAAAUCUCGUAUCUGUAAGCUGUCGUGGCCGUAGAUUUUGGAAUCCAAACAGAAUUACACACAAAUCUUUUUAUUUACGCACAAAUAUUUUUGACAGUGAUUCUAUUCCAUAGUGAUCUUAUUCCAUACAUAUUGAUUUGGCACGUUUGAUCCCAAAGGCAUUUCUGGGGAAAUCUUCCUCCUUUAUUUGAGCUUGGGACUGAUACUGAGACUCCACUGGCCUGUGCAACCUCAGUGGCUAAGUUUGUCAGACAAGCAACACCAGCAAAGGCGGCCUCAAAUAAGCCAUAACAUACCUAACAAUGUGGAGGAUGCUCAAUACAACUCCCAGCAUGCACGCUCCGACUCACCAAGUUCUAACCAUUCACACCUCCUUGCAAUCAACACAGGGUAUAAAUAGAACUCAGAAUCUGAGGAGUGUUGUAAAGUAUAUGUUCUUGUGAGUUUUCUCUAGACAAUCAAAUUAUGUUCUAUAUGAGUUUUGUGUAUAUCUGUCAGGAUGAACUAACCUAGGCGACCAGAUGACUUAGCUUUAGCGAUUAGCCCAAUGUAGCGUGGAUGGUGAACCCAAACGCGGAAGAGAGCGAGUAGGUAGGAUAACCACGCUUGUUAGUCUAAGGACUCUCACAAAAGGGGAGCAAGGGAAAAACACAAAUUUAACCCGCGUCCUAUAAACACACACUCAAGAUCAGAAAGCGAAACCCAAAUAAAGUGAGUACUCACGAACCGAUGAUGGACAACCAGAACCGACAUGGGCUGAACUCAAUGACUGAGCGCUGAAUCGUGGUUUGUUUACUCCUCUUAUACUUCCUGAUUUGCGACCGCUUUACUUCCGGGUCCUAGUGCCGGUCGCCGAUUGAGUGUGCAUGACAGUACCCCCCUGUCCAGGACCGGCUCCUGACGGUCGUGGGGUGGAGGAUACCUGACGACGGUAGUCCCGGAUUCAUUCGGGGUCGAGAAUGAACCGGGACGGAAUCCAGGAUCGUUCCUCGGGGCCGUAGCCUUCCCAAUCGACCAGGUACUGGGUGCCCCUGCCCCGAGGGCGUGAG